AUGACUAUUUCACUUCAUGAUGAAUUAAAUAAUGAUCUAAUUUUAUUCUUACAAAAAAUUAAUUCUAUUUCAAAUAAAAAAAUUGUCAAUCAAAAAAAGGUUAAAUUUCAGUUAGAAAAAAUUUGUUUUAAUUUAAUUAAUUUUUUUAAUAAAUUAGAUUAUACUUACGAUUUGAAUUUAUUUAAUGAUUUAAAGUUGAAACUAAAUUUAAAUAAUAGUAAUUUAUUAACUUUAUUAUUCAAAUAUGAAAUUGAUUUGAAUUUAAUUUCAAUUCUUUGUUUUAUUUUACAAUUAUUAAAAAUUAAAUUUUUAAUUGUUGAUACAAUUAAUGAUUGGAAAGAUAAUAUUAAUUAUAAUAGUGAUAAUGUUGCUGCUGAGGAAGGAGAAGAAAUUUUAAGUUUAUUUAAUAUCAUUUCAGUAUUUUCUAGAUUUGAUAAAAUUGAUCAAGAAAUUUUAAAUUAUUAUGAAAUAGAUUUAAGAAAUAGCUUUAUUAAUUAUUUAUUACCAAAUUGGUUGAAUCAUAAAACAAGAGAUAAUGAGAUUGAAUCAAAAAAUAUAUGGGAUAAUUUAUCAGACCAUUCAAUAAUAAAAUCAGAAAAUAAAUUUUCGUUUUAUUCAAAUUUAAUCAAUUUGGAUUAUUUUAUACUAAAUUAUAUCACUAUUGGAAAUAUAAAUGAGAUAAUUGAAUUAAAAUUAAAUUCAAAUGAAAAUAAUUUUUAUUUGUUUGAUUUACUAUUACAACAAAUUUUUAUUAAUUCAAAAUAUUUAUCAAAUGAUAUUAAAUUAAUUAUUAAUCAUUAUUUUAUUAACGAUAAAAACGAUGAAAAAAAUAUAGUCGAAUUUAACUUGAAAGUUUUAAUGGAAGUAAUUGAUCAUCCAGAAUUAAAUUAUUUGGAAGAGACUAAAUUACUCAUUCUAUUAAACAAUUCAAUUAAGACAAUUAAUAAUAAUUUUAAUUGUAAAAUAAUUCAUGAUUCAUUGAAUAAUACAGGAACAACAAAAACAUUUUUUGCAAUUCUAAAUUUAUUACAAUAUCAAAUUUCGAAAUAUUUAAUUAAUAUUACUAAUUUAGCAUAUCAAUCAUCGUCAUCAUCAUCAUUAGAUAAUAAAAUACAACAUUUGAAUUCAAAUUUGACAACAUACCAAAUACCUGCGUGGUAUGAAAAACAAAUCAUACCAUCAAUACCACCAAUUUCAAAAUCAUUAUUUAUAUUUGAUAAAAAAAGAAAUAACACUGAGAUAAAUAAAAUUGAAAAGGAUAGUAUUUUAAAUAAUUUGAAUUUGAAUUUGAAAAAAAAUCAUAAUUAUUUCCAAAACAUUGUUUUACUGUUAGAUUCUUUGAGUAUAAUAAUUUCAACGAAUAUAAAAUUGUUAAAACAAUAUGGAAUAUUGAAAAUUAGCAUCCUGCAGACUACCUCAUCACUAUCAAAUGAAGUUUCUACCUUAAAUGAAUCGAUUGAAAAUGAACUUGAUCAAAAUUCAGAAGAAAUUAAAUAUAAAAUUACUCAAGUGUAUUUCCAACAGUAUUAUAUACCAAUAAUGACAACAUUAAUUCAAUGUAAAAGUUUUAGUGAAUCAAAUAUUUUAACGACCUCUACAAAAUUAUUGAAUAAACUCGUUUUUACAAAUAUUUUGAAGUUAAUUGAACAAUUAACUGAAUAUCAUGGAAAUUUGGCAUUAUACCACUUAUUAAAAUUUGUUUCGAAAACUUCUGUUGAUGAUUUGAUUAUACAAAGAAUUUCAAUCGAAUUAUUAAAUCAUUUAUUCUUUCAUAAUUCACAAGGAGAAGAAAAUGUAAUAGAGAAUAGAAAUAAGGAUAUUAUUUUACAGAAUAAUUAUAUCUUUAAACUAUGUUUAGAAAAUGAAUUAUCGAUGAGGACAUUGAGAAAUUAUAUUAAGCUAUGGAAUGAUGGGAAACAAAUUUAUAAAUUAUUUUUCACAGAAUUAUUUGAUAUGGAUCAACCAAAUGUAGAAUAUGAAAAAAUUCGAUUAACAGAUUUAUUAGAAUAUUUACCAAAUCUUAAUAAAUAUUCAGUGAGCCAAGAAACUGAAACUUUAUUAAAGUCAGAACUAAACUCAAAUGCAUCUGCUACCAACUAUGACAAUUAUAAUAGCAAUAAUAACAGUAACAACAACAAUAAUAAUAAUAAUAAUAAUGGAAAUGAAAAGAAAAAAACAAAUUCAAUACAAUCAAAUCAAAGUAGAAAUAAUUUAGAAAAAUCGAAAUCAAAUAAUAUGACACAAUUGCUUCCUCCACAUUCAAAUAAGUAUAAUGCUUAUUCUGCAUCAUCGUUUAUCCCAUCUACAAACAAUAUUGAAAAUGAAAUUGUGUAUGAUAAUAAUAGCAACAGUGGCAAUAAUGAAAGUAUGUCAUAUUUUUAUAAUAAUCAAACAAUGACACCAACCGCACAAGACAUUAAUAUGGAAUAUAAUUUAUACAGUAAUAAAAGUUUGAUGAAUUCUUCAAAAAUAUUAAACAAUGAUAUUAGUAUUGGUAAUAAUACAUUAAACACAGAAAUCUCAUCAUACUCAAAUACUCCAUACACAGAUAGAAUAUUAUCUAUAGGUCAAUCAAUGAACAGUAGUAUGAACGUUCCAUCGACACCUGUUACAAAUUCAUCAACCAUUGGUAGUGCAUCAAUAUCUGGUACAUUUGCUAGCCCAUGGCAGGAACAUUCAGGUAUGUCUAUGAAUUUCAAUUCAAGCAGAGUGGUUAAUACAGGUAAAAACUAUAUACUCGGCGGGCAUAACAAAGUCAAGAACAAUAGUAGAGCACAGUCUAUCCAUAUAGAUCAAUUUGAAAAUACCCAACAUGAACAACGUUAA